GCCACAACAGCUGGCUAAUGCAAAACAAACUGAAUUUGCUUAGAACGCGGCCGCAAUUACACGCGAUAAGGUCGAUCGUUUGUUGCUGAGUACGCAUUUAAAGCAGCCGCAAAUUAACAGAGCAAAUUAUGGCAAUGGCAACACACUUGCUACGCAAUGGCAGCACAUUUUGGCUGCGUCGCACAAAACCCAUCGCUCUGUCGCGUUGCUUGCAUUUAACGAGCUGCCUCGACAAGAAGGUAGCCUUCAAUCUCAGCGACAUUGGCGAAGGCAUUCGCGAGGUGACGGUCAAGGAAUGGUUCGUUAAGGUGGGCGACACCGUCGAACAGUUUGACAAUCUCUGCGAGGUGCAAUCGGACAAGGCAUCGGUGACCAUAACCAGUCGCUACGACGGCAAGAUCACCAAGAUCUUUCACAGCAUCGAUGAACUGGCGUUGGUUGGCAAACCCUUGCUGGAAUUCGAGGUAGCCGACGAAGAGGAGGAUAACGAUGACACCUCCUCCGAUUCCAGUUCCAGUUCGAGUUCCAGCUCGGACAGCGAUGUGGAAAAGCAGCAAGCAGCUGCCGUUGGUGGACGGAUUAUAACACCAGCCACACCCGCUGUGCGUCGCUUGGCCAAGGAGCAUCAAUUGGACUUGGCUAAGGUGACGCCAACUGGUAAAAAUGGGCGUGUGCUCAAGGGUGAUGUGUUGGAAUUCUUGGGUCAAGUGCCACCCGGCACAAAUGUGCCACAUCCCAGCAAUGUGGCCAAGCAGACAGCUGCUUCUGCUCCUGUUGCUGUUGCUUCUGCCUCACCUCCUCCGAAAGUUGCUCCCGCGGAUCGCGUUGAGGUGCUCAAGGGAGUGCGCAAGGCAAUGCUCAAGUCCAUGAGCGAGUCGCUGAAAAUUCCGCAUUUCGCUUACAGCGAUGAGAUCGACAUGUCCAAGCUGAUCCAGUUCCGCACCCAACUCCAGGCAGCUGCCGCAGAGCAGGGCGUGCCCAAGCUCACCUUUAUGCCCUUCUGCAUUAAGGCUGCCAGCAUUGCGUUGUCCAAGUAUCCGAUUGUCAACAGCUCGCUCGAUUUGGCCAGCGAGUCCAUCAUCUACAAGGGAUCGCAUAACAUUAGCGUGGCGAUUGAUACGCCGCAGGGUUUGGUGGUGCCCAACAUUAAGAAUUGCCAGGCGAAGAACAUCAUUGAGAUUGCCAAGGAUCUGAAUGCGCUCGUUGAGCGCGGACGCACUGGCUCCUUGACGCCUGCGGACUUUGCCGAUGGCACCUUUUCGCUUUCCAACAUUGGCAUCGUCGGUGGCACUUAUACGCAUCCUUGCAUCAUGGCACCUCAGGUGGCAAUCGGAGCAAUGGGACGAACGAAGGCGGUGCCGCGAUUCAAUGAUCGCGAUGAGGUGAUCAAGGCGCACAUCAUGAGUGUGAGCUGGUCCGCUGAUCAUCGUGUCAUCGAUGGCGUUACCAUGGCCAGUUUCUCGAAUGUGUGGAAGCAACAUCUGGAGCAGCCGGCGCUCUUUAUGCUCCACUGAGCACGAUUUCCCCCGAUUUUCCGAGGCUCACCUCGAUCAACUGAUCAACGGUUAAGGCUGUUUUCUAAUGCAUUUAUUUACAACAAGCUUUGCUUACUCUCCUCCUUCUCCUUCUCCCCUCCCCCCUUUUUUUGAAGUGUGUUUUGGCCAUGUGACGCGCUCUUCCUAAAAACUUCCAGAACGUGCAUUUAUAUAGCAGACAUAGCUCGAGCUUUUGUCUACUUAGCUUUAAGCUUCAGCGCACAUCGGCUGGUCACACUGUCCCAAACUUUAUCCUUUUUUUUGUUGUUUUAAAAUCAAAAAUUUGUUUAUUCAAGUGUUAAAUGUGUAGUCUUUAUCAUACAGUUCAACUGUAUUCUUUUUUUGUCAUAGAUUUAAAUAAUAAUAUUGAAUAUGUAUUUGAUGUAAUCUGUAAUCUUGUUGUAUACGGCUGUCCAAUAAACAUCCGAUGGUUUAA